UACCAAAAUUAAAGGCCCUAAGCUUCACAAAAUGCCUCCUCCUUCACUGAAUUUCAUGUUUUUUCUGUCUCUACUGCUCCUUUUGCAUCUCCGACCUGCAAUUGCUGCUAUAACGAUCCCUCCCGGGUACUCGGUUCCCGCCGUCUUCGUCUUCGGAGACUCGAUCGUCGAUACGGGCAACAACAACAAUGUCAUUACUCAAGCUAAGUGUAACUACCCGCCCUACGGUAGGGAUUUCCCCAGUGGACGCCCGACCGGCCGAUUCUCCAACGGCAGGGUUCCCUCCGACCUAGUUGUUGAUGCUCUCGGUAUCAAAGAACUCUUGCCACCGUAUGCCGACCCAAAUCUUCAACCCGAAGACUUAAUUACCGGCGUUAACUUUGCUUCUGGUGGAGCGGGAUUCGACCCUCUGACCUCUCAAACAGCGCCAGCAAUAUCACUUGAGGAUCAAUUAGCAAAUUUCAGAGCAUACAAGAAGAAGCUAGAAGGGGUUGUAGGAGAAGAAAGAGCAAAGUUCAUAAUAGUCAAUAGCCUUUACCUUGUGGUGGCUGGCAGCAAUGACAUAGCCAACACCUUUUAUCUUGCAAGAAUAAGACAACUUCACUUCACCAUUAGUUCGUAUACUGAUUUCAUGGCUCGAUCCGCUUCCGCUUUCGUCAAGGAACUGUACGCAGCUGGUGCACGAAGAAUUGGGUUCUUCUCGACUCCACCGCUCGGUUGCGUACCGUCGCAGAGAACUUUGGCGGGUGGGAUUCAAAGGGCGUGCGUGAACGAGUAUAAUAAUGCUGCAAAGCUUUUCAACGGGAAGUUGCAUUCCACUCUAGAUCACCUUCAAACUAUACUCCCGGAUAGUAGAUUGGUUUACGUGGAUAUUUACAACCCUUUACUUGAUGUCAUCCUAAACUACGCUAAAUAUGGAUUCGAAGUUGCGGAUAGAGGGUGUUGUGGAAGCGGGUUAAUUGAGGUGACGUUUUUGUGCAAUAAGUUCGUGAAGACUUGCCCUGAUAGCACCAAGUACGUGUUUUGGGAUAGCUUUCAUCCCACACAAACAACUUACACCCUCCUUGUUGCUCCUAUCAUCCAAAGAUAUAUUUCUCGCUUUCUAUAGUUCUAAUUAAUUUAACGAUAAACAAAAUCACAAUAAUUUUCUCGAAUUCUCAAUAAAACUCAACAUAUUUAUAUUCUUUAUUCA